AUGACAGCCAAGAGGAAUAUCCUGUUGUUGGAUGACAAUGAAUGUGACAUCCCUGAAUUCUGUGGAGACAAUGCAAACUGUUUCAACACAAAUGGCAGCUACUACUGCCAGUGCAAGGAGGGUUACAGGUCAAAAUCUGUGAAUUUUAUUGCUAUAGACACCAACUGUAAAGAUAUCAAUGAAUGUUGGGAAAGCAAAGAUAUCUGUGGACCUAAUGCCUCUUGUCAAAACACACCUUCCAACUACACCUGCAGAUGUAAAAGUGGAUUUGUCUCGUCUACUGGAGUGAAAAUAUUUCAUGGCCGUAACAACGUGACAUGCAGAGACAUAUGUAAGAUUGAUGAGACAAUUUGUGGAAAUGGGUCCUGCCUCCAUGACUCCAGUGGCCAUUAUUGUGCAUGCUCUGCAGGGUUUACUAACUACGGCAACAAAACGGGUCGUUGUACUGUGCUUCACUGUGAUGUUUUCAAGGAUGUGAACAAUCUUAUGGAGAAAUUUUUUAUUGUUCAAGAUAAUAUAAAGCAACUGAGUGAAAGUUGUCUGAAGCUCUCAGGAAGUGAACAUUCAAAGGAGCUCAAUGAAGAAGUCUUACUAACGACUCUGCUCUCUAUGACAGACCAGCUACUUUUUGCUGGAUCUCUCAAUGACAACAUGAAAGUCUCCGCAUUUUUUGACAUGGUGGAACAAGCUCUAGGGUUCAUUGGACCUUUGAUUAAAACACCAGGAACUAAAAUAUCCACCAAUCAAACAGAACUGGAGCUGCUGGUACAUACUGGGUCGGCUAUACCUCAAGGAAUAAAGACUCUGUCGACUAAACAGGCUAAAGUGGAUAUCAAGAUGGAAGAAGCUGCAGGAGACCCUUCAUCUUAUCCGGGAUUCACAACAGUUUCGUUGCUGAGCUAUUCAAACCUGGAGGAAUCUGCAGAAGGUUUCUUUAGUGGGGUGAAAAAUAAUGAGAGCCAGAAAUUUAAGAUAAACUCCAAAGUGGUGACUGUCAGUGUUAGCAAUGCAGACACAAAACACCUGAAUGAACCAGUCAACAUAACUUUACAUCACCUUGAUCAGUCAAAUCAAACCUCCCACACCUGUGUGUUCUGGGAUUCCUCUAAGGAUGGAGGUGCCUGGUCCGAUCGCGGCUGCAGCGUGAAGGAGUCCAACCCAAAAUACACUGUGUGUUCCUGUAACCACUUUGGCAGUUUUUCUGUGCUCAUGGCUCUCUAUGACAUAGAGAGUCAUUUUGAGUUGCAGCUGAUCUCCAGGAUAGGCCUAUCCCUUUCAUUAAUUUGCCUGUUCUUCUGCAUCCUGACCUUCUCAAUGAUCCGGUCUAUCAAAAGCACCAGAACAACCAUCCACCUGCACCUCUGCAUCAGCCUCUUUAUUGCAACUCUUGUCUUUCUUGCAGGCAUCUCUCAGACACAGAACAAGGUUGGAUGUGCAGUAGUUGCAGGGAUGCUGCACUUCUUCUACCUGGCUGCAUUCUGCUGGAUGUGUCUGGAGGGAAUCCAGCUCUUCAGGAUGGUGGUCCUGGUCUUCAACACCAACUUUAAAACCAGCUACAUGAUGGCAGGGGGCUACGGAGUUCCUGCUGCAAUUGUUACUAUUUCUGCAUUGAUCAAUGCUAAUGGAUAUGGUGAUAAAAAAAUAUGCUGGUUGAACCAGGAUUACAUUUGGAGUUUCAUUGGUCCCAUCUUUGUCUUUAUUACUGUAAGCAUGUUCCUUUUUCUUGUCACUGUGUUGACAUUGGCUCAGAAGUUUUCAAGUUUAAAGCCAGACCUGGACAGCUUGAAAAAAAUAAAAGCUUUUGCUGUUACCGCAGUGGCACAGCUGUGUAUACUCCGCACCAUGUGGAUAAUCAACAGUUUCCAGCUGAAAAGAGACGGUGCCUCCAUGUACUAUCUGUUCACCAUUUUCAGUCUUCAGGGUGUUUUGCUCUUUAUUAUGCAUUGUCUGUUUUCAAAACAGGUGAGGGACGAGUAUAGAGGCUUUUUUUCUCGAUGUUCAGCUUGGAAAAGGAAUCAAACCCAUGCAUCCAGACAAAGCCUGGACACAGGAGAGCCUAACAUUAGGACAACUACCCAUAAUCUGUAACUAAAAUUCAGAAGACUGAUAGUUCUAUCAAUUAACAUUGGUUUUGUUCUUUAUCAUACAGUAAACAGGCAGAUAUAUUUUGGCAUACUGACAAUAAGUCUAAUUUUUGGGGCGUGCUGUAGUGGUGCAGGGGGUUAGCAUGCCCCACGUUUGGAGGCCUCGACGCGGCUGUCGCGGGUUUCGACUUCUGAUCCUGGCGAUCUUUGCCGCAUGUCUUCCUUGCUCUCCUUCUUGUCUGCCUACUGUCAAAAAAUACGAGCCACUAGUGCCGCAAAAACUCUUCAAAGAAAAAAAUUAUAUAAAAAAAAGAAAGUCGAAUUUCUUCAUAGUCAUUUUCAAUUGUCUCAGUCAUUCUCUUUGGCAACGCCUUAUUUGCCUACGUCUGGUCGUUCAACUCAAACAUGACCUAUGUUAUAACGCCUUUUCUCAAAAAAAGAGGAAACGUGGAAAGGGUGGAAAAAACAGAAGUUUGAGGCCCAAAGCGCUAUCUACAUCAGAUAUGAAAGUAUCUGACAGAAUUAGAAAGACAUGUCUUUAAAAAAAGCCCGAUAUGUAUGCACCAUCCUUUAGCUGAUCAGUCGACAAAUUGUGUUAUAUUUGGUAUUUGUUUAAUGAUUCCGUUCAUAAAAGAGAACAAGUUGCACCGUUAUUAUUAGCUGUUAAUACCAAACAACCUAAAGAUAUAAUUUUAGGUUGUUUAAGAAGUUGGUUACCCAGUUCUCCAUAUUCUAUUUCAAGAGUGUUUCAUCCAUCAGAUUCAGGUUUUCAGUGGCUGGUCAUACAGACUUAAAAUGGUACUGAGCAGAAACGGAGUGAAGAAGAAACCCAACCAAAUUAGAUAUUUUUGAAUACUUUUGUUUAGCGCAAUACAUUAGCCAUUACAAUUUGUGUUUUAAGGAGUUAUGUAUGCUAUAUGUUCUUUUGUUCUUUUUUGUUACAAAAAUCUGUAUUAAUGUAUCAGUUACAUUUUUUCUGAGAUUUUGAUAUUCUGUUUAUGGUUCAUGUUUUGCUUUGCUUAUGUCACUGCCGCUUGUAUAU